UGUAAACAUUUUUUUAAUAUCAGCUCGACGUUUCCAAUGAUAAAUUAUUGAUAUUCAAAUUAAAUUUGCUCCAUCUAAUUCUUAAAAAUAUUACAGUAUGAUUCAUGACAUACUAUUUACGUUAUUUUCUUCUAAUUCAGACCUACCGAUUGAAAAUUUCACCAUUCCGGAAGUUGCAUCCAGUUUUCUGCACCCGGGUGAAAUAAAAAUUCUCGAAGAUUUGAUCAGAAUUGCAAAUCAAUACAAGGAGCUAAAGAAAUUCAUCCACCAGUAUGGUACUCAGUCAGCCGGGUUAGUGAAACCGAAACAGCAGAAACCAUCCGAGGAACCACUUCCUCAAGGCCUCUACCUGCAAGCUUUUGCCGAUGGGUUAGAUUUGGCGGUGAAACCAUACCGCGAUUUGAUAGUUCAAUUGGAAGCAAACUAUUUGAAGAGGCCUAACUUGUCAUUGAUCUUCAUCUAUCAUCAAGUCAACCAGUAUCAGUCAUUAUUCGGAUUUUUGCUUCGAUUAGUCAGCGGUGUAGUAACUCAAAGAACCCAUGGCUGUGCGCUGUUGCAGUAUCUGCAACAGCAUUGCUUACACGGAAACGAAAAGCAUUUUGAAGCUGUCAAGCUUAUUCAAAACUCAGUAUAUGCUAUAUUCAUCAAACAAUUGUUUGGGUGGUUACUACAUGGCAAAUUCGUGGAUCAAUACAGUGAGUUCUUCAUUCAGCAUGUAGAUAGUUCACGAUGCGCUGGACUGAUGUACGAACGAGGAGUACUCGACGCAGGUGCCCAAGUUUCGGUUAAUUCGUUCUCCGAUAAUACUAGCAUUAACACUGAGUUAUGGCGGUACGAGAUACGCCGUGAAAUUCUCCCUUAUUACUUUCCUGCUAGUUGGGCAGAGAAGGUGUUGUUCAUUGGGCAAACGGUUCUAAUGUUAAACUGCGAUCCAAGGGAAAGCAGCGAAAAGCGGUCGAUUGGGGAGAAGAAAAUUAACUACGAAAAAAGAUUUGCUGCGGUGAAGGAAAGUCUGUGGGGCGAACAGGAGUAUAUGUUUUUCAAAAAAUUUCAUCAACUGCAAAUGGAUGAGAAUCUAAACAUUGCCAAAUUUGAAAACAUAGUAGACGAGAUCAAACUUUGUGUUACAGAGCAAAUGUCAGAAAUUGCCAUCAAGGAAGCAGAUCUUAUAAAGCAGCUAAAACUUAUCAAAGAUUACUAUAUGCUGGGCCGAGGCGAGCUUUUCUCCGAACUUUUGAAACAAACAAAAUCGCUCAACACAUUAUUCGCCAAAGGAAUUACUGAUGGAUCUUCAAGAGACUUGAACAGAGCAUUCCAACUAGCGGCUAACAGCGUUAACAUUACUGAAGAUAUUGAGCAUUUUUCGUUCUAUCUACCUCCCAAGGAGGAUGUCGAUAGUUUGUGUUACGAAACGAAAGGCAUUCUAGGUUACAUCACGCUGAAGUACAAAGUUAAGUGGCCACUGCAUUUGUUGUUCUCUCCUAAAACGUUGGAUAAAUAUAAUGAAAUGUUUCGGUUUUUACUGCGAAUUCGCAAGAUCCAGUACGACAUACAUCAGGUUUGGUCAUUCCAACGGGAGUCGAAAGUUAAAAAGAAUUCCGAACUGCUUCAGUUCCGCAACAAAUUGAUGUUCCUGAUCGACAAUCUCCAAUACUAUCUGCAGGUAGACGUUCUGGAGAGUCAGUUCAGUAUUCUUAUGACGGCCAUAGGAGAAACCAAGGAUUUUGAGAAGAUUCAACGGUCACAUACAUUCUUCCAAGCUAAUGUCCUUAGUUUGUGCUUUUUGCUGUCGAAUCCCAGUACCGAUGUGUCUGCUACAGGGGUAAUACAGGUCAACGAGAACCCUGUAUUGACCAUACUAGACAAGAUCCUAGUUAUAGUGGACAAAUUUUGUUCCUUUUGUAGUAGCUGUAAGAAUCCCAUGACCAAAGUGGAACGACAGGAGUACAAUGGCUAUGAUCAAGCCUUUAACAAUCACGUCGACUCACUGCUGAAAUUACUAAUCGGUUUGAAGGCUGGUCCUAGCAGUGCACCACUUUCUCAACUUUUGCUACGCCUGGAUUUCAAUCAUUGGUUUAGCAAUAAUACUCAAACACACUCUGUUUAACGUUAUCUGAUAAUUUAUUAAUGAUCAACUUCCAUUUUCUGCAGAUGUGCCUUCAUCAGAAUGCACUUUGUCAUCACGCAAUCGCAAGGUAAGCUGUGUUCUUCCUUUUCCGCAUCCAACAGUGUCAACUGAAUAUUGUAUCUGCAAAUGUUAAAAUAUGUUUGCGUUGGUAAAAUUAAA